CUUGCCCCUGCUGCACAGAGACCAAUGGCCAAUGCCCCUCCUCCUCCUCCUCUUUUCUCUCUCUUCGCCCACCUCCGUCUCUCUCUCUCCUCACGGAGUCUGACUGACAGAGGUAAAGCAGCAGUAGUCGCAGUCGCAGUAGCAGCAACAGCAGCUCGCACCGUUGCAGCCUUUGCUCUCUCUCUCUUCUCUCUCCUCUCUCGCUCGCUCGCUGUGUGGCUGGCUGCAGCGUCUGACGCGCUCUCCUAGGCAGGCCUCACUCCUCUCUCUCUCUCUCUCUCUCUCUCUCUCUCUCUUUUCUUUCUUUCUUUCUCGCACAGAUACAAAGGUGCACCCGGCCCCGCCCCUCCCGCGAGAGCACUUCGGUUUUAAUCGCCGGGAGAAAAAAAAUAAAUGGGAGGGGCGGUUUGGGGAAGAAGAAGUUGAAGAAGGAGAGGAGGACGCUGAAAAGACCAAGCAACAAGAAGGGAGUCCCUCUUUCUCUUUGGGAGUGGAGAGAGAGAGAGAGAGAGAGGCAUCGGCCAUGGCGAGGUUUCUCCUGGGUGCGGCCGCCAUUGCGCUGCUCGCCGGCGUGUCGUCUCUGCUGCUGAUGGUGCCAUUUGCAGAAGCAUAUGAUCCUCUCGAUCCAAAUGGGAAUAUCACAAUCAAGUGGGACAUCACACAGUGGACCCCAGAUGGCUAUGUUGCUGUUGUUACCAUAUACAACUUCCAGAAGUACCGUCAUAUCCAAGCGCCUGGUUGGAGUCUUGGGUGGGCUUGGGCAAAGAAAGAGAUCAUUUGGUCCAUGGCUGGUGGGCAGGCCACAGAACAAGGUGAUUGCUCGGCAUUCAAAGCAAAUAUACCGCACUGCUGCAAGAGGGAUCCGAGAGUUGUCGACUUAGUUCCUGGGGCGCCUUACAACAUGCAGUUUGGAAAUUGUUGCAAAGGAGGAGUGCUUACCUCAUGGGUGCAGGACCCACUAAACGCAGUAGCAUCAUUUCAGAUCACUGUUGGACAUUCUGGGACUAGCAAUAAGACAGUAAAAGCGCCGAAGAACUUCACUCUAAAGGCCCCAGGUCCAGGAUAUAGUUGCGGAUUAGCGCAAGAAGUGAAACCUCCUACUAGGUUCAUUUCACUGGAUGGCAGAAGAACAACUCAAGCUCAUGUGACUUGGAAUGUGACAUGCACAUAUUCGCAGUUUGUUGCUCAAAGAGCUCCAACUUGUUGUGUUUCACUUUCAUCGUUUUACAAUGAGACAAUAGUUAACUGCCCGAAAUGUGCGUGUGGCUGCCAGAAUAAGAAGCCAGGAAGCUGUGUGGAGGGUAAUUCGCCUUAUUUGGCGUCUGUGGUGAAUGGACCUGGCAAGGGCAGCUUGACUCCUCUAGUUCAAUGCACACCACACAUGUGCCCAAUAAGAGUGCAUUGGCAUGUUAAGCUCAAUUACAGGGACUAUUGGAGGGUUAAGGUCACAAUCACAAAUUGGAAUUACCGGAUGAACUACUCGCAGUGGAACUUAGUAGUUCAACACCCAAAUUUUGAAAACGUCUCUACUGUUUUCAGCUUCAACUACAAAUCUUUGAACCCCUAUGGAGUAAUAAAUGACACUGCAAUGAUGUGGGGUGUCAAGUACUACAACGACCUGCUUAUGGUGGCUGGGCCAGAUGGAAAUGUCCAAUCCGAGCUUCUAUUCCGGAAGGACCGGUCAACCUUCACCUUUGACAAGGGUUGGGCUUUUCCAAGGCGCAUAUACUUCAAUGGCGAAAGUUGUGUCAUGCCUUCACCAGAUCUGUACCCAUGGUUACCCCCCUCUUCUACUCCUAGAUUUAGGACUGUAUUCCUUCUCAUGUCAUUCCUGGUUUGUGGAACAUUAGCAUUCUUGCACAACCACCUAGUUUUAGACAAAAACUGUGGAAAGUGCUGACCACAUUGGGCAUUGGCUGUUGACAUACUGAGUCUUUUGGAAGUUUAGGGUGUGCUCUUGCAUGAAAAGCUAAUUCGCGUUUGAUUUAGGUUGUAAGUUUAGGUUCCUCGAAAUCAUUAAAGUUUGGGUUGUACAUUCUGAUGGUGUGUAUUCUUGGUCUGAAGUGUGAAGACUAAUUGAGAACCCCAAGUCCCAACAUUAAUUGUCUAGAGAAAUGUUUGCCAUCUCAUCUGAUUGCAAGAAAUUGCAUUUUGUAGUUGGUCAGUAAA